GAGUUCUUUUGUCCUGUUUUUAUUCCUUCUCAAUAUCAAGCCACUGACGAUCAACCUACCCUUUCGUACCUAUAAUAUAACAUAACAUAACCAUGCCGCCAGCCGAAAACUCGGAGGCUGGCCGUCUCUUGAAAUCUCAACCCCGCGAUUCUGCCUCUUACACCAUGGCUGAUAAGGAAGAAGAGCGCAAAGCCUACGGGGCGAUUAAUAAUGAUGGGAGGAGGAAUAGUCUCGUGGACGCUGCUGAUGACGAAGCAAUUAUUCCCAAGGGAGCUUUGGAUCCCGUUUAUGAGGCGAAAGCUCGUAUUCUGAACCGUGCAAUUCAAGAUCUCGGCAUGGGGCGGUAUCAGUGGGAGCUUUUCGUCGUCAUAGGCUUUGGGUGGGCGAGCGAUAAUCUCUGGCCAAUCGUCACGUCACUUAUUCUUACACCUGUCGCCAAUGAGUUCAGUGUACGCAAUCCACCAUAUCUCACUCUGGCACAAAACAUUGGUCUUCUUGGGGGCGCAAUUUUUUGGGGAUUUGGGUGUGAUGUUUGUAAGUCGUCCAGCCAGUUCCCUCAAUCUGUUCGCUUAUUAAUUCUGUUAGUUGGUCGAAAAUGGGCAUUCAAUAUCACUCUCGGUCUUACAGCAGUUUGGGGCCUCAUUUCAGCCAGCGCCCCCAAUUUCGCAGCAAUUGGCAUUUUCGACGCAUUGUGGUCUUUUGGUGUUGGCGGAAACUUACCAGUUGACUCGGCCAUUUUUCUCGAGUUUCUACCGGCAUCUCAUCAAUACCUCCUCACGAUUCUCUCCAUUGACUGGGCCAUUGCACAAGUCAUCGGUACACUUAUCGCGUGGCCACUUUUGGGUAAUUAUACUUGCGAACAAGAUACAGUCUGUCGACGAAAGGAUAACAUGGGAUGGCGAUAUUUUACCAUUACUGUUGGUGGACUAACACUUCUCAUGUUCCUUGUGCGCUUUGUUUUGUUCAAGAUCUACGAGUCACCCAAGUAUCUUAUGAGCAAGGGUCGCGAUGAAGAGGCAGUUAGGGUUGUGCACACCGUGGCCAAGAAGAAUGGAAAGACGUCAACGCUCAGUCUAGAGGAUCUGAAGGCUUGUGAACCGGAGGGCUACGUUGCCCAGACAGAUACCAGCGCUGCGUUAAAGCGAUAUCUGGAGAAGGUCGACUUGUCGCAUGUCAAGGCACUCUUCGUCACGAGAAAGCUGGGCCUGAGUACAGGAUUGAUCAUGGCAGUUUGGGCACUUAUCGGUCUUGGAUACCCUCUCUAUAACGCCUUCAUUCCGUAUAUACAGGCGACUAAGGGUGCCGACUUUGGCGAUGGAAGCACAUACCUCACAUACCGCAACAGUCUCAUUAUUGCUGUUCUUGGUGUACCAGGCGCACUUCUGGGAGGGUGGCUCGUUGAGCUACCACGGCUGGGACGAAAGGGCACGUUGUCACUCAGCACCAUGCUGACCGGCGUGUUUCUCUACUGCUCCACGACUGCUACAACAAGCGAUGCCUUACUCGGCUGGCAAUGCGCCUUCAACUUCUUCAGCAACAUCAUGUACGCGGUUUUGUACUCCUUCACGCCAGAGCUGUUCCCCACGCCUCACCGUGGAACAGGCAAUGCGCUGUGUGCUUCUUGUAACAGAAUCUUUGGCAUCAUGGCACCUAUUAUUGCCAUUUUUGCAAAUUUGGAAACAUCUGCCCCUGUAUAUACAAGUGGCGCAUUGUUUAUAGCAGCUGGACUCUUGGUAUUGAUGAUGCCUUUUGAGUCUAGAGGCAAAGCUGCACUAUGAGUAGCAAUGUGAUACUGAAUAGAUAAUGACGGCAUGAAUGGCAAAUUACGAAGCGAAACUCUUUUCGGGGCUAUUGGUGUAGGGUUUUCGUGCGCUAGUUGCACAGAUUAAUCACAAAAGACUGAUGUUAGUCAUAUUUCACUCUUUACUUCUUCUCGUCUCGUUCCUUAACUAGAUCCGUCUCAAAAGAUAGCCCAGCCUCCUUUCUGAGUAUUCCGUACAUGGAGGAAGAAUCAAGGGGCCUUCCCUCAGCUUCAGAGAAUUGCUUUGCAUCUAUCAAAUGUUUGAUGGCAACUUCAGCGACCUCUAAUCUUGCUCCAGAUUGUUCCGCAAGGGUGAUUCCAUGACCAACAUCCUUAAUCGCUAGAUUCAGGUCAGACCAAGGUCGGUCGCCUCUCCCGGGCAUGUAAGCUCCUGUAGUAAGCCGUUGAGACAUAGAAAGUGCCAGAGGUCCGUAUUGUUGCUCAACCAGGGCUUCGAGAUUCUUGCUUCCAAGACCAGACUUUUCUGCUAGGACAUGUGCUUCUGCCACAACUUCCAUCAUGCCAGCCGUAAUGAAGUUUCUGUCUUGUUGUUAGCUAUGCUUGAGCAUUAGAUGAGAGCCCCUACCCUGCUGUUUUCAUCUUACUCGACAGUCUCACAUCUUCUCCAACUCGAAUUACACCUCUUCCCAUGACUCCCUUCAAGUAUGGAUUAAUCUUUUCGACGGCAUCGUCAGGUCCAGCAACUAUCCACAGAAGCUUUCCCUGCGCCGCAACAGGGCUUGCACCAAAGACGGGUGAGGCAAUGAAUUUGGCGCCCUUCUCGUUCAAGCGGGCUUGAGCUUUGGCCGAAGAGUCCGGAUGAACGGUUGAGGUAUCCGCAAUGACUUUUCCAGCGAGCUGUUCUGGGCUCUCGGAAUCGAUAAACGAAUUGAGGGUUGACUCAAGAGCUGAAUCGUCGCUCAGAGACAAGAAGAUAAUAUCACAACUUGUCACAAGGUCUUUGGCUGAAGGAGCAGGUUGAGCGGCAAGACCCUUGAGAGAGUCACCGCGAGAGAUAGUUCGGUUAUAGUAAAGAAGAUCGGGGGCAGCUGUUGAUUUUAAGUGUUUUUGGAGGUUUGUUGCCAUGGGGAGUCCCAUUGACCCCAAGCCUGUCAGUUUGUCAGUUUUCUGACUGGUCAGUGGGAAAUUCACCUACCAAUCCAGCCAAUUCGUGGAGAUAUCAUAUCGAAUCUGAAUUAACUUUCAGAAGCAGAUAUUUACCAAAGG